AUGUCCACUGCUUUACCGUUUCAGACAUGGUUUUUGGAAGCCGAUGGCACCUCUAAUCGCCCUCUCGACACUAUCGAAACAUUUUUCAAGCUUCUAGCUGAUGGUGGUGCCCCCAUCAACCGCGAGCACUGGGCCAUCACUGUUGCCUUGCGUCUGAAAAUCCCAGAAUCUGUCAAGGAGGUUGUGCCGGUUCUGAGACGAACCUGGUUAACCCUUGUCCGACUUCAUCCAAACCUCGCUGGAAGGUCUCAUAUGUCUGAUGCGGACGAUCUGCCCAGUCAAAUCUUGUCUGUUGGCCCUCUAAAUGAAGACACAUGGCUAUCACAAACCUUUUUCCAGCACGAGAACAUCCCAGACUCAACAACCUUGUUCACCUCGCUUCGCCCCAGCCCCACAGCGACGUGUCAUUGGGUUCCUGCUUCUCAAGAGCUCUGCAUAUCGUCAUCUCACUGGCGUAUCGAUGGUAUCGGGAUGCUCAUGCUGGCCAACAGCUUCAUGAACAAUCUUGCCGAAAUACUCCGGCAUGAUCGAAACCAUCCUACCACCCAGGGACCCCUGACGCCAAGCCUCGACACCAUCGUUGGUUCUUACUUGGACGAAGAGACCACACCCAUGUAUCUACGCUCCACUGCCGACGCCCUGGUCGCGGAAUUUGUCAAAGGCGUGCCAAGCAUAGGCCUGCCCACCAUCACAGGGUCCUUGACCGCUGCUCCCGGCCCAACCGAGCGACAAUCCUACAGUUUUGAUGCUACUGCCACCAAGUCUAUUAUUGCCGGUUGCAAGAAACGUGGUCUCAGUGUCCCCAGCGCUGUUCAUGCUGCCUUGGUUCGCGUCACAGCGACUUAUCCACAGCAUCCGCUCGCUAAAAGCUACGGCGCCUUUUUCCCGACUGAUCUACGCCCGUACCUUUCUUCACCUUACAAUGGAGAAGCUUUUGCGGUUGGCAUGUUCUGUAGUGGUCUCCCAGUCACCGUUCCAAACGUUUUGGGCCUGUCAUUCGACGCUAUCGCAGAGAUUCUCAAUAAUGUCUACAGAAGAGACUUGACGCGGAUGUGCACUAAUGAUGAGGGUAAGCCACAAGGCAUGUUGGAUCUCAUGGCACCUUAUGUCAGACGGACAACCAAACUCUUCAACACUCCCCCUCCUCGGGAACUACCUCCAGUCGAGAACCCAGACUUGAGCAGUUUUGGCAAGGUCGAGCAGUGUUUGCAGCAUGAGUAUGCCUUUGGUCAAGGCGGUAAAGACAAGGUAGAGGUGGAUGGGUUUUGGGUUGGCACGGAGACACUUGCCCGGUCGCUGCAGUGCCAUGUGUGGACUUUUAAGGAUCAGCUGACCAUCCAAGGGUGCUUCAACAAGAGCUUUUACGAUCGCAAGUUUGUUUCUGAAGUACUUGAGAAGGUGAAGGCGGAGUUGAUUAAGGGUCUUGGAGUUUAG